GCAGCCUGGUCUGGUUGUUGGCGACCCUGCACAUAGCAGGGGGGUUGAAACUAGAUGGUCUUUGAGGUCCUCUUCAGCCCAGGCCAUUCUGUGGUUCUGUGGUUCUGUGAUUCUUUGAUCCCCGAGUGGGCUCUGCUGGUGCGUGAUAAAGUGUGAUACACCCACUCAAAGCCAUGCUCUUUGGCACAGAUGUCAAUGAGGUUAUUUCAGAAACGUGUCGUGUUCGACCAAAUUCUUUCUAGAGUGCCAUGUCCCCAGAAAGAAUUCCUGCUUUCAAGGCCCAGGAUAGCGUUUUGGGUGGUGGCCUGGAGUACAGGGUAUGUUUCCAGCCAUCCAGUGGUUGCUUCCAUCCUUGGUCUGGGGCAGUGGGAUAUAAUCAACCUGCCAGAAGGAGGCGGAGAUGGCUCACCAGUUACCGUCCUAGGCAAAGCAGUUUAGGCCUGGGGAAGAUUCAUUUCCUUUAUUACCCGCUAACAGCGCCCUAGGGUAGUGAGAAGAGAAAGCAGACUAAAAGCACCUUCCCCCUUUACUCUGUGUCUACGGCAGGUAUCUGAAGGGAAGGUGGCAGCGGCACACCACAAGGAUGGUGCUGGAUCCCAAGCUGGUGCACACUGUCACCUGAUGUGCUGGCAGACGAUGCUUGCGACUGAGGAGAUGGUGGCGGAGAGGAGCAUCAGCACCGGAGUCAGGUAGGUCUCUGUGGGUCAGUGCCAAGCCCCAGGCUUUGUCUUAUUCAUGCCAGGCAGGGAUGGGCCCAUGCCAGGAGCCCCACCCUGGACUGGGAACUGGCACGCUUCAGGUCGACCAGAUGGGACAGGGUUGUCGCUGGUGUCCAGUCGAGCUGUGGCUCAGUCCCCCUCCCUGUUCUGCAGGUGCUCAGAGACCAACGUCUGGGACAUCUUGCUCCUGCUCCAGCUGCAACCGCUGCAGCAAAGCUGACCAGGAGCUGCAGCAGCUGGUGCUAUCGGUGCUGCCGCAGCACGUGGCUACUCCUGGUCCUGAAUUCUGGGUGAUGGCCUGGAGGGACCUGGAGGAGCUGGUGGAGCAAGGAAGCCUGUCCUGCUGCAGCUCUGCCAAUGACCAGAGUGAGGUGCAGCGUGGAGCAUCAGCUUCUGAGUCAAGUGCUGAGGGACAGACACGUGGGCCACGGUGCUCCUGCUCCAGCUGCAACCGCUGCAGCAAAGCUGAGCAGGAGCUGCAGCAGCUGGUGUUGCCGGCUCUCCCAGAGCACGUGGCCACUCUGGGCCCUGAGUUCUGGGAUGCGGCCUGGCGGGACCUGGAAAAGCUGGUGGAGCAAGGAAGCCUAUCCUGCUGCAGCUCCCCCAGCUCCUCCACACAGCUGGGGACAGUUGUACGUGAGAGCAUCAUGCAGACAGGUGCCGCUGUACGUUGGUGGGAGCAGAAGGAACAGCAGCCUGUUGGAUUGUCCAAGCGUCCACAAGAAGUACCCCACAUGCAAAAGACAGUAAGACCAGCAGCAGCAGCACCUUCACGCCUGGCUACGGAAGAUGACUGCUGCAGUGCAGCCAGCCAGCGUCUGAGCUGUGCCGUCUGUGGCAGGAGACGUGCAGAGCAGGCAGGCAGGCAGAGCGUGAAUGGCUGGCACUCGUGGCAGCGGGUGGCCCCCACAGCCCACCGGCCAAAUUGUCAGGGCUCCAAGCCAGGCAGGGGAGCCGCAGAGCAGCCCCCGCAGACCUGCACCUGCACCUGCAUGCGUCCACCUGCGCAUGAGGGACUUCAUCAACCAAAGCAGGGACAACGUUGCUGGGACAACAAGGCCCAGGAGCCUUCUGCAUUGCCUGUGUCCUGCCGAAUGCAUUGUGAGUGCUGUAAGACAGCGGGAUCCAAGAGGGAUGCACAGAAGCCAGAGCAGCACAGCAUAAGAAAUACGAACCGGCACGUGCAGUCGCCCCCCAGGCAUGCUGAGGAAGAGAUGUGGGGCUCCAAAGCAGACAGAGGUGCCCAAAGGCAGCCUCACGGGAUCUGCUCCUGCUUGCUGCCACCAGCGCGUGGGACAACGGUGCGUAGCAUUGCCUAUGGCUCCAUUGAGUGGCUAUGUUGGCGGUAGGAGGUGGCCCCGCAGGUUCCCGCAUGGCUCUUGGCCACCCCGGCACGUCCCAAGUCCCAGCCUGAAUACAGGGCAGCAGCACAGGCAGCACAAACAGCUUCAGUGCUGCCCGUGGAGGACAACGGCUGCCACGCCAACGUCACCGCUGUGGGAAGUGCAGAGAGCCAACCCGGCCCGAUGCCACCUCCUUCCGCGAGCGCACAUCGAGGAAGCAGAGGGGCCGUGGGUGCCCACGGCUUUUGUCAUCAGCAUCCACUUGGCUGUGGGAGGGCCCAGCGUGGAAGGACGUAACGGAGCACCGGGGAACAGCCAGCUCGCAGCUACAGUCCCAUUAAAUCCUCUUUCUAUCCA